GCGCUCGCAUGCGUACACGACCCAUCGCAAGUGAACUGUGCUAAAUGGAACUGCUCAACAUUCAAUGUUAAGGAAACCAAGCUACGAGGACACAGAAGUGAACAUGGCGAUACAGAGUGUUUCGAGGUACCCCAGCAGCCCGGCGGAAGCCACGGAACCACCGAAAACAUCCAGGAUUAGUUUCAGCGUGGCUUCGAUUUUAGCAGACACGAAAGCUAACCAAGCGGAUGAGACUGCAGAAAUGAUAAGGCAUCAUAGAACAAUACCUGAGUCCCCGCUAAGACAAUCACCCUCAGCUCAACCUGAAUUGCCCGGUGGAAAAUCUGUUUCCCCUAGGCCUUUAUCUCAAACACCGCCGUUAAAUUUAAACGCAUCGGCGACUGUAACAUCAUCAGAUGAUGAAUAUGAAGAUUCGGUCAACCAAGAAGAUUCAAUAGUCGAUGUAGAAGACUUGCAGAAUGGAGGAAAUAGUGAAGAUGAAGAGAGAAGUGAUAAAGGGAGAUUAGUUAGACCAACUCCGUUCAGCGCGUUGGCUGCGGCGGCGGCGGCGUACCACGGGCUGGGGUGGCCGGGGCCGCCGUCAGUGGUGCCGUCGUUUGGACCCCUCUUCCAGUCGCAUUUCCCUGUAGGACACAUAACAGAUGCAAAUGGUGAGCCACCAAAACUGAAGUGCAACCUUCGCAAACAUAAGCCCAACAGGAAACCAAGGACUCCUUUCACCGCUCAGCAGCUCAGAGCCUUGGAGAGCAAGUUCGUGGACAAACAGUACCUGAGCAUAGCCGAGCGAGCGGAGUUCUCAUCAUCCCUUGGCCUGUCAGAAACUCAGGUCAAAAUUUGGUUCCAAAACCGGCGAGCGAAAGCGAAACGAGUACAAGAGGCGGAGAUCGAGAAACUCAAAAUGGCGCAAUUUUCCCGUCACCCCCACCACUUGUAUCCGCACCACGCGCUGCAGCAAUACUUCCACCCUCACCCCCUGAUGGGGGCCGCGCGGCCAUUGCCGCCAAUGGGAUUACCGCCACCACAUUUAUCCAUGGUACAAACACCUGUAUCUGGCUCCCCUUCACCAAGCACUCAAACCAAUCAACAAUGAGACAGUUGAAUUUUGAAUUUAGAAAACGUUCUAAUGAUUCGAACUCACGAAAAUAUAUAAAUUUGUAUUUUUCUCCGAUAUUUUUUUUGUCGCCAGUAUUAUUGCUGGCAAAAAUAAAUAAAAUUGUAAAUUAUUUGUAAAUAUAUCUACAUGAUUAGGAUGUAAGAAUUAAUUUUAGG